GACUCUUCAUAUCAAAAUUGUGUGUGCAAAACAGAGAUGAGUGCAAAUCAGAGGAGUACUGCUCCACCCUUUAAGGAGGAAUUUGCAACUGUACUAAGGAUGACUCAUUCCUUAAAUGAUGCUCAACCUGUACCUGCAACACCAGCAUCAUUUUGCAAUCCUACUAAUUGCAAUAUUGGUUGUGACGAUGUUGUUCAGAACCAAAAAAAUGAGAAUGAAACCCCACCUGCGACACAAAAUUCAAAGCCAAAACGAGGAAGACCCUUCAAAACGCCACCUGAAUCGAUUAAAAAUUGGUAUGUUAUACGCAAAGAACGAAAGAUCGCCAACAGGUUCGAUACGAGUUAUUUUCAUAAGGAGACAGGCUUUCGGUGUCGGUCUUUGAAGGAGAUUAAGAAUUACGAGAAAUAUGGAAGUCCUCCUCGACGUCACAAAGUGAAAACACAAGCCAAAGAAGAAAGCAAUGACAAAACCAAAAAUGAAACAGAAGAAAUGGUUGUUGCUCAAAGAAAAGCAAAAGCAGAAGUUAUGAGAACUUUUGUUGAAAAGUUUCUUUCGAAAGCUUAUUACAAUCAGCUUCACAUGUUCGACCCAUAAUCAAUAAAAAUCAACUAUUAUAUAAUGUUCAAAUCGACUGAAAAACAUUGUCAUCAGUUUAUUUAAUACCUAUGUUGACAACUUCCAUGUGAUUUAGGAUUUUCAUAUGAUUUUAUUUUGACUUUCUAUGUUGGAUGAAAUGACAAUUUGCUAGAAAGAUCUCAAUCCAUUGGUUCCUUUUCA